UCGCUUCGUUUUUUGUGGUGUGGUGAAUGUGUCAACUUUUUUAAAUUCAAUUUUAUUGCAAUUAAAAAAUAAAUAAUGAAAGAUAUUUUCAAAAUAAUUCUCAUUUUAAUUGUGUGCAGGAAAUUAGCGCUUUGCAAUGGGGCCGGUAAAUCCUAUUACACAGCCGGCGUAGUAGAGUUUUUACCGACAAUUGCCGGCAUGUCGUCUGCUGAUAUCGUCAAUGAGCAUUUGGAGGCAUACGUACGCAUUAUUAAAUCAGCGGAAGCCAACGAUACAGAUAUCAUUGUAUUUCCUGAGGGCACAUUGAAUAAUGCACUUCAAACGACUUAUGUGCCCGCAGCACAUGAGAAGGUUGUGCCAUGUCUGAACGUGACGGGGAUGGUCUAUGCGGAUUUUCUAAUGCAAUUGUCUUGUGCUGCACGUACGGCUCGAAAAUAUUUAGUAAUUAAUUUAACGGAAAAGGAGAAUUGCACUGCGGUUGCACAGGAUACACGUUCAUGUGCUGCCAAUGGCUUGAAUGUCUAUAAUACGAAUGUUGUGUUCGAUCGGGAGGGAUGUGUGAUUUCACGCUAUCGUAAAGUACACAUCUAUGUAGAGCAGAAAAACACAACACUUGAGCCGGAGUAUGGCAUAUUCGAAACGGAUUUUGGUGUACGAUUCGGGCAUUUUAUAUGUUUUGACAUUCUGUUUUACACUCCAGCAGAGGAGCUAGUCGUUCGUUAUGGUAUUAAGGACAUUAUAUUUACUAGUAUGUUCUAUUCGGAAUUGCCAUUUCUGACAGCUGUUCAACUACAACAAUCCUGGGCAUGGGGUAAUGAUGUUAACGUACUAGCUGCAGGGGCUAGUUUACCAGUCGCUGGUGUAACUGGGACUGGUAUAUAUGCUGGAGUUCAAGGUGAUCUAGUAUCAGUAAUGGUUGGAGGUGUUGGUAUCAGAAAACUUUAUGUCUCACAGGUGCCAAUUAUAUCAAAUAAAACUUUAACGAAUGAUUAUGAGUAUAAACAAAAAACUGAAACUUCUAUGCCGAUUGUAGCGAGCGAUGAAUUAACCCUAUUAAAGGAUCCACAAAUAGAAAAUUUCACAUCUCUGCUUUUGGAUUUUACUACCCAGCAAAAUAUAACACAAACCUUAUGUAAUAAUGACUUUUGUUGUCGUUUUGAUAUCGCAACCCAAUCGAUUGACACACCUGCCGAAACUGUUUACUAUAAAUAUCGUAUAGGUGCGUUCAAAGGACAGCGCACCUAUCAGAAAAAUGAAUGGUCGGACAUACAAAUUUGCGCACUUUAUGCUUGUAAAAAUGAGAGUGUUGCCAGCUGUGCGGAAAUUUUCAACAGCACUGCAGUAGUAAAGCCCAAUAUCGCUUUCAAAUCCCUUCAAAUUGUGGGGGAUUUCAUGAAGGCCGAUAAACUUCUUAUCAUGCCAAAUACACUCGAUGGCAGUUUGCUCUCGUUAAGCGCAGAAACACUGGGUUGGCAUGUCAUAGAUCAGCGAGAACACUACACCGCACACAUGAACUUAACUCGGCCAUAUUGUGACAGCUUGUUGACAUUUGGAAUUUAUGCUAAUUAUUAUGACAGAUCAGCGACAACACGUACUGCCAGCUACAGCAACACCACGCCCACUGUACUCCUCUGCACUCUUGCACUGGUACUACUUGUGUGGCGUUUUUAGAUGGAAAUGCAUUGUUUUGCCUCCGACUCAGCUAAAAUAUUCAUGUUUUAAUUUCUGUGCUGUGUGCGAGCAGUUAUUUUUAUAGCUGCAAUUCGAGAUACAAGAUACACAAAUAUAUUCAGUAGCAAUUACAUACAGUAUGAGUUUGUUUAUAC